ACUUUAUAAUGGCGGGCGGUCAGACGGUGAAUGCAUGUGCUAAGGUUCAUCGAGAAAUCACUAUCACGGUCUCUAAGGUUUUCAUUUUUGGUUAUAAACAAUAGCAUUUCUUCAUCCUCCAAGAUGGCUCCUACUGUAAAAGCAAACGCACCCUCAGAAGUGCAAAUAGGUGAGCUAGCUAGAAAUGCACAGUGCAUCUUACCAUCUUACUUUUGCACACGCCGGCGUAGGGGUUUAUUUUUUUGUAAAUAUUUGACUGCGUUCUAUGGUCUUGGACAAGUAUUUUUUUUUCGGGGAACUUACUCAGACGACCUCAGACUAAAAUUGCAAUAGGCUUGUCAGUGAUAUCUUUCCUUGGAAACUUAUUGACACUCAUUCACAGUCUGCCUAGCCGUAGGUCUAGAUCUAGAUCGACCAUUACAUAGACGAUUAAGCUUAUUUACCAAAAUCUGUGCUCUUACGUUAGAUGUGUCGGCAGAGUUGGAAGCGACUUUAAAGAAAAGGAUAAUGAUUCUCGAUGGUGGUAUGGGGACAAUGAUUCAAAGUUAUCGUUUGGAAGAAGAAGAUUUUCGAGGUAAAUUGACAAAUUUUAUUUGUAGUAUGCCAUGUAAAAUUACUUAAGGUACUUCACUGUUGUGUAACGCAGUAUGACAGCAGAUUUCGCAACUUGUCUCGUCAAUGCCUGGCAUCUUAAUACUAAUGUGCCAUUUUUUACAUGUUAUAACUCUGUCGUUUUUUUUAUUUUACGUUUUUUCUGUUACAAAUUUUGUGCAACUUCAUAUAUUGAAUUUGAUUUGUCACGCAAUUGAUAUUAUUCAGUAAAACCACUUCACGGCUUUAUGUUAUUGUUUCAUUCAUACGCAUAUUUUUACAGUCAAAGUAUUAAAAUUCGUUAAUAUGACCAAUUAUUGUUUACAAAAUGCACUCUUUUUUAGGUGAAGAAUUUAAAAAUCAUUCACACAACUUGAAAGGAAAUAAUGACUUCCUCAGUUUAACUCAACCUCAUAUCAUUGAAGAAAUUCACAAGGUAAACUUGUUUAGAAUUUAUGGUUAUUUUUUUAAAACUUUUUUUCAUUUGUCAACAUUCUUUGGUUAAUCAAAUUAAGACAUUUUGCUUUACUUGUAAUGAUAAUGAGCACUGAAUUUAAGUGUUAAAAAUACUCUAGGAUACAUAGAGGAUAUUACAUGGUGGCGAGAAGAUAUGAAUUUUAUGUUCGAGUGGCAAGAACAAUAUCUCACGAGUGAGCGAAGCGAACGGGUGAGAUAUUGUUCUUGCCACGAGAACAUAAAAUUCAUAUCUUCGAGCCAACGUGUAAUGUUCUUUUUAUUAUAUGGAGAAAACAAUUCAACAAAAGCAAAAGGCGGGAAUCGUGACGUCAUUGAACGAUACGACACUCACAAAGGUGACAUACGGAAAAUACGCCACUCGGGUCCCGGAUGAAGUGGCGUAUGGAAUCUACGAGUGGUUUAGUUCCCAGUAAAACACUCUCCUCCAUAUAAUAAAUGCUUUUAUUAUAUAAACACCAAUAAAAUACCAGGUGAGCUUUCACGCGAAAACUUGAUAUCUUCACAUGUGAAAAUAACAUGUUAUCUUACCACGUGAAAAUAUCACCGUUGCUAUGACUACAAUAAUAAAUCGUGCCUUUCACACCAAAAAACUAUUAAAGUGAAAUGGUUUGGUAGUUCAUUGGUGUUUAAUUAAUAAAUAGAACAUUACAUGGCGGCUUGGAGAUACGAAAUUUCUCUUCUCGUGUUGACAAAAUAGUUCUCUCAUUUGCUGUGCUCACUCAUGAAAUAUUUUUCAACACUCAAAGAGAAAUUUCGUAUCUCCGCGUGGCCAUGUAAUAUCCUCUAUAUAUCGAGAGACCUUUAUAAGGGUAAAAUUCUGACAAACGACAUAGCAUUGAAACAGCAACAUAGGACAGCAGAAAUGACGACAAAUGACACAAAGAUGGGUUGAAACUGCAACAGUGACAGAGAAAAGUGCAAAUACAAUAGUAAAAUAUGCACAGCAACAUGGCUUCCUCCUCAAUUAUGUGAAAUGCAGGUUGUGAAAUUCAGACUAGGGACGUGUGUAACCCCCUUAAGGGCCUUAUUGGAGAUAUAACAUAAAAAAGUACCAAGUGAUAUACUGCAAGUUGUUUAUAGACAAUAAUAGCAACUUAUAAGAAUCUUACUGGUGAAAAAUCACUAGUAAGGUAUUAAAAAAGAUUUGUAUGAAAAUGUUACAUUGUAUCCCAAGAACUAUAGUGGAAGCUCUCCUAAAGGAUACUCUCGCGAGCAGACAGCUCUUCAGCAAACCCCAUUUUUCUCAAGUCUGUUGACAUUCCUGUAGGUGACCCGCUCCAGUUACAGACAUCUUUUUUGCAUCCCGAGGGUGUUCACUUACGAGAGCUUCCACUGUACAAAGAAAACAUUCAGAUAAUUUAGUUGUCACUGAUUAAGGUUGAAAGCUAGCUUGUUCUACCUAUUUAUCUCCUGAAAAUCACUUUUAUUCAUGGUAUUUCGUCAUUCGUGGGUAGGGAUACCUAGAAGCAGGAUCUGACAUCAUUGAAACAAAUACAUUCAGUGGAACCAGUAUUGCACAGGCAGAUUAUGGAACUGAACACUUGGUGAGUGGUGAGACCUAGGGCACUUUCCAUUUACNCAGUGACAGAGAAAAGUGCAAAUACAAUAGUAAAAUAUGCACAGCAACAUGGCUUCCUCCUCAAUUAUGUGAAAUGCAGGUUGUGAAAUUCAGACUAGGGACGUGUGUAACCCCCUUAAGGGCCUUAUUGGAGAUAUAACAUAAAAAAGUACCAAGUGAUAUACUGCAAGUUGUUUAUAGACAAUAAUAGCAACUUAUAAGAAUCUUACUGGUGAAAAAUCACUAGUAAGGUAUUAAAAAAGAUUUGUAUGAAAAUGUUACAUUGUAUCCCAAGAACUAUAGUGGAAGCUCUCCUAAAGGAUACUCUCGCGAGCAGACAGCUCUUCAGCAAACCCCAUUUUUCUCAAGUCUGUUGACAUUCCUGUAGGUGACCCGCUCCAGUUACAGACAUCUUUUUUGCAUCCCGAGGGUGUUCACUUACGAGAGCUUCCACUGUACAAAGAAAACAUUCAGAUAAUUUAGUUGUCACUGAUUAAGGUUGAAAGCUAGCUUGUUCUACCUAUUUAUCUCCUGAAAAUCACUUUUAUUCAUGGUAUUUCGUCAUUCGUGGGUAGGGAUACCUAGAAGCAGGAUCUGACAUCAUUGAAACAAAUACAUUCAGUGGAACCAGUAUUGCACAGGCAGAUUAUGGAACUGAACACUUGGUGAGUGGUGAGACCUAGGGCACUUUCCAUUUACCCAGAAAUUCUGGAACUUCCGGUUGGCAUGUUAAUGGAACACGUUUUCCAUGCGUUCCACUGGAAAGUUCCUAGGAAUAAGUAGAAUUGUCCUGUUUUCCUGUUGGAAAAGCAUGUUCCAUUUACAAGUUUUUGCAAGGAACCCGCAGCUCUUGCAGGCUGUUGACGGUGAUAUCUGUGCCACCAUCUUGAAUUUUGGUGACAACAGCAUAAACAAAUGGAACUUGUGUCAAAUGGAACACGUUCUUCACCCAAUCGACCUUUCCAUGGAAGUUCCUGCCCCUAGCUACAAUUUUCUGUAAAUAAUUUUAUGAUUCCUGGUUUAUGCAAUACUUUUUGAAGCUCUAUUUGUCUCAUUUUCUGUUAGUGAGCAAAUUAAUUUACCAGUAGUACAGUUUUCUCCAUACUGCUGUCCAUACACUCUCUACAUGUUACUGAUGAGGAUAACUUGCUUAGUAGUUAAUACCUUUUUAACUUGUUUAUACUUCUAACAAUGUUUAUUUUGAUUUAGCAGUGGAGUUGAAGGUUUAAUUUUUGAAAUUAAUUUUUUUUGAAUAUUGACUGUGGACAUUACUGGGAGAGAAAAGAUUUAAGAAAGCUCCAACAUUUAUUUAUUAUUAUCCUCUAUGUUCAUUAGGUUUAUAGGCUAAACAAGACAUCUGCUGAAAUUGCAAAAAGGGCUGCUAAAGAAGUGACUGAAGCCACAGGUAAGUGAAUGAAAAUUUUUCACAUUUUCCUCAAUAUGGGUGUACCACACUGGGAGCAAAGUAAUGAUUUAAAAGGCAGAAAAUUUUUAUGUCAUAUCAAAUAACCAUUAGUAGAGAUUUGUAUUUGUUGUCUACCAAAAUUUGUCUCUAAUACAUUCACAUUGCUGACCUCAUAAAGUUCUUUCAAAUUUCUGGCAGCCAUUUUUGGCCCCUAGCUUCCCAGGUCUUGAAAUCGAUGCCCCAGGUGGUGUUGCGUGAAGAAGUGAUCAGAUUGAGACUCCAUAACAACAACAACAGAAUUUAUUAAUAAACAGAUAAUAUUACAGAUGCUUUGCCCGCAGCUAGCAGGGCUAUUUGAGGCAGGGCAAUAUGUGCAAAGUAUGAAAUUAUUAAGACUGAGGCUAACUAUAAAGGAAAGUUUACAGUUUGCAAAUAAAUUAAAUAAAAAUUGUAAUAUGGAUUCAUGAAGUCUAGAUAACACAGUAAAGAAGAAAGAAUUGAACAAAUAAAUCGUAAAAGUAGAAACUAAUAAGCAAGAAUUUAUUAUUCAAUAUGUUUUGGCUAAUUUUACCUUUUUAAUGAACCUGGGUGUAUCAAUACAGUCAUCCUCUGCAUUCAAAAUAUCAAAAAGUAAUUUGCAGAGUGUUUUUUUUUUUAAGUUAUAUAUUCUUGGGGAGAUGUAGGAUGUGACAGGGUAUCUCAUUCCACAGCUUGGCCCAAAAGCGAAAGAAAGAUUGUUUAUACAGGGCUCGAAAUAAUUUCUGGAGAGUCUCCGGACACGAUGACCGGCCAAAUUCAUUUUAGCUCGGUGACGUAUCAUUUCUGGCCGGUCAAAUUUAUCAGAUAAAUAACUCUUUAAAACAGGGUCCCUUGAACCAAAACUGGUGUUAUAUAUUACCAAAAAAGUUGUUGCUUAGAGCUUAUAGCACUCUAAAGCACUCAUUGUCAACAAUAAAAAUAACUUACAGAGGAGAAAUGAAUAUAAGCUUAUCUGUAUUAAUGGGUACACUAUCUGUAAGACUAACCCGUAACACAUAUCAUUAUCAUGUACACAUUUAAUUUGUCUGGCACCUCCAAAUAUAAUGAUUUCUGGUGUGUGAACUCCGAUGUCUGUUUCAAUGUGCGAGUAAUGCAAACAACAGUUCUAUAGUUGCAUUUCACCCAGGAUUUUAGAUGAAAGUUCCACGAUACACAGCGACUUGCUACAUACUGAUAACAACUGAACAGCAUGGAAAUUUAAAUUUAUUUCAUUUUCAAUACGAUCAAAUGUGACCGGUCAACAUGACUGGCAAAACGGAAGGUUGACUGGUCAACUCCCCAAUCAGUCCGGACAUUGUCCGUUGACCAGCCAUUAUUUCAAUCCCUGGUACAGUUUACAGUUUCUCCAUAACCUGGAGAGUUAUUUGCAGGUCCAACGAAAGGCAUCUUAUGUAUGUAUCGAUGUUUAUUAUCUGCAUAACUCAAUCCUAUUAUUGUACUUUUUUAGGUGUUAAACGAUAUGUAGCAGGAGCCAUGGGACCAACAAACAGGACACUGUCUAUCUCACCCAGUGUGGAAAAUCCUGGAUACAGAAAUAUCAGUGAGUCUUGAUUCAUUGUAAUUCAACCAUUUUUUGCAGCCAGUCACUAAAUGUGUGACCUGUGCACAGUGAUCAUCAGCCAUCAAGACUAUGCCCUAAGAAAAAUUGAAGGAAGCCCAGUGCUCUGAACCUGUGAAAUCCAGGUGCUCGGCUUAAGAUUUUUUAGCCUCCCUUGCAGACGUUUUUAUGGGAGCGUGCUCAACUGAGAACACGUUCCUUUCCCAUUGUUUUAUUGGUGUGGUACAGUAAGUGACCAAUCAACCCUUUUGAAAUAAAGUGUUGGCAGGCUGAACACAACUUGUGAUAAGCUUGUGGUAGUAUAAAAACAUGACCCUAGAGUUACCUUUUUCUUUUUUUUCUUUCCUUAGCAAAGGUUAUGCAAUGCACUUGGUGUUCUAAAAUCUGACUAAAUCUUACUUUUGCCGCUCUAAGUCUAACAUUUACCACCCCCUGACGUUUAUGAGAGGUCAUAAAGCUUUCAGAGUGUUUCAUGCAGAUCGAGUUACUAGCAGGUUACCCUGUGGACAAGGUCAACCUUUCUAGAAUUUGGAAGGUACAAUGUGAUUGGCUAAGUUUGGGAGAGGAAUGUUGUUCUCGGUUGAGCAGGUGAUUGUGGGGAGGAACGAAAAAAAAAGCCUACGUUGGAGGCUAGGGAUUUCUAUGUAAAAACUGAGAUUUCCUAGUUGUCCAAAAGCCAAAGUAAUUUAAUAGGUGCCACUCUGGGGCCACCGGGUGCUGCUAUCACACAGCCCUCACCACACACCAGUGUUUUCAUUAGUUAUGGUUUAUAUAUUUUCUAAACUUAAAGUGAGAUCAACCGUGAAAUAUUAAUUUUAUGGGCCUCUUUCACCCUGGUUGUCCAGGUAUUAAUCCUUGAAAGCAGAUGCAGCAUGCACCUCUAAAUUCAAUUGAGAUUUUUUAACAUUAUUUCAUGUCUUGGGGAAGAUUUCAUGAUUUAAGCUAACCAAAUGGCAACUUUGAAAAUUUUAAGCCUGGAGCACUGCAUUUUUAUACGUGAAUUUAUCAAUGUCUUUUGUUUACACCUAAUAGCCUUUGAUGAGUUAGUGGAGGCUUACGCUGAGCAAGGCAGAGGGCUUCUAGAUGGUGGUUCUGACAUUCUCAUGGUUGAAACAAUAUUUGACACAGCAAAUGCUAAGGUUUGAAGAGAUAUGUUCACUUGGUUAAAUAAAAUAUUAAUGCUAAACUAAGCAUUUGUUUGAUAUUUGUAUUGUUUAAUACCAGGUAUUGGCCUAAAAAAACUUGGGUGUUUCAGUUACCACUGCAGCUCUAGAAAAACCAUAGUUAGUAGACAUGACAGCAUACAAACAUCAAAGUUGAAAACAACAGUGCUGUAGUUUAUGUUGGAAGCUCGCUGACCGUGCACAAUCCUUUGAUUUUUGUUCACAAAUUGUGACUAAAUAUAAACCUAAAGUGAUGUUUCUAUUGGUCAGUAAGUUCAAAAUGAUAAGAAUGCCAUUGAAUGUUGUGCACAGUCAGGUCCAAAAAAGCUAACAAAAACAGAUAGCAAAGGAGUCUAAUGGGUUUUUAUACACACACAAAAUGUAACCAUUCCACAUUAUUUUUAUAACUAUGGAAAAACAAAUUAACUUGAACUCCAGCUUGUCAUUAUUUUAAGAAAAUCUACUAGUCCUGGGUGACCAGAUAGGACUUGUUUUCAAAUCCUGUGCCGCAAAACCGUAUUCAGCUGAAAAAAUGCUUUUAUGGCUCCAAGCAGACUGGUAAACAAAUAGUAGAAAUUAAAAUGUACAUUGUAAAUUAUAGAGACUGACACAUUUUCCUCUCCAAGGGGGUUUCCAAUCAUAGAGGGUUCACCUCCACAUGUACUAAUAAUAAAUAUUUGUUCUGUAAUAAUUUUGUUUUGGGUAACACAUCUGUACAUAGCGUUAAUGACAUUUGAGUGAAAAUUAUCUUCCUUCGUUCUAGGCUGCAUUGUUUGCAAUUGAUAAACUGUUUGAAUCAGAGUACAAACCUGUUCCAAUAUUUGUAAGUAACAACAGUUCUCAUGCUGUGAUGUGUUAAGUUAUUUUGUUUGCAUAUCCUAUCAAUGAUCCAAAGUCAUUUGAUAUGAGAUCAACACUCACUGUUAAAUCAUCCUCAACAACAAAAUGUUGACUCGAGAAAUAUUGCAUGCUGUAGAGUCAAUUUUUUACUCCUUCUGAUCAAUAGAUUAAAGCUGUCCAUCCCUAGAGUUAAAAUGACAAGCCUGUGCUUUACAUGCUUUACAUUGCAUGUAUAUGUUGUGGUUCAAUUUUAUCUAUGGUUUAAAUUUUGUUUCCCUUGGUUUUAAACUCAUUAUCAUAUGUUACCAUACCCAGAAAUGAAGGGAAAUCAAAUUUAAACCAAGGGUAAAAUUGAACCACAACAUAGGUAUAUUGCAGGGCCGUCAGUAAGAACUGCGAGCCAGCUAGGGGUCAAGGAAAAUAGAAUAACAAAAUUCCUACAUUGUACAUGUACAGUGUAGCUGUUCAAUUUUCUUCCUAGUAAUAAGUGUUAAAUGUUCAAAGGUGCAGCCCUGAUUGGCAUAUUACUUUUACGCAUUAACCAUUAAAAAUUAAGAAGAUGCAUGUAAGAUGGGGAAAAAAAAUUCCAGGGGAUGGCAUUACUAGAGCAUAACAAAUCAGUGUGAUUUAUAGCUGCAAAUGAUUUGGGAGGGAAAGAAAAUUCAGUUUUGUCAUCCUGACCUGAAUGUAAAUUAAAAAGAAAUUACACGUGUUCUCUUUUCUGCAGGUGUCUGGCACUAUUGUAGACAAGAGUGGAAGAACCCUCUCUGGUCAAACGACAGAUGCUUUUGUCAUCAGUGUGUCUCACUCAAAACCAUUAAGGUAGGAACACCGUACAUAUUGGAGAUAUUCUAUCACAAACACAAGGUCAGUGUUUGUUUGCAAAUCUAGAUAGUUUUCAAACCAAAUUCCAGCCUCUUUAUGGGUAUCUGCAGAGGUUAUUAAUUUUGUUGCGCAGUUUCAGUCAAAUCUUUGGUUUUUCAACAAAGUUGCACAUCGAGAAUUUAUUGUUUUGCAUGGUACAUGUAAUGCAACUAACAUGGCUGCCACAGGUCAGGAAAUGGUCAGGGAAAAGAGAGCGGGAAAAAUGAAAUUCAAGAUUACAUAUUAUUUUUAUUCUUUUCUCUCCACUUUUAUUGUUUUUUAACAUUUAAAAUUCUUUUGUACAUUUUAUGGAUAUGAAUCACGUAUUAUUAGAAUAAAUUUUUACUUUUCAAUCUUUUUGCCACGUUAUGCUUUGAGGAACUUUCAAAUCAUGUACACUGCAUGUUACUUUCUGAAAACAUAAGUAAAUGGGUGGAGAGGAUGGCUCUGAGACUGGAGGGUUGAGUCCAUCUUCAGGACUUAUUUUGGAAAAAUGGUCAGGGAAAUCAGCAUUCUAGUUAAUUCUUUCAAGCAGGGGUCAUGUAGGACCAUCUGAGGGAUCACCAAGACCACAUGGUAAUGUUUUUCCUUUUUUUUGUUAUAUUUAACUUAACACUUAUAUGUCAUCUCUCGGGUUAGGAAGCCUUCUUUGUCGGGUCAUUGACCCGAGAACCGUCUCUUUAUCUGGAACACUGGGAAAUUUUCAUUUGUCAGGGAAAAGUCAGGGAAUUUCAGAAACCUUUGGCUGUGGUAACCAUGACUAAUGAGCUCAAGGAAACAUGAUGACGGCAAAGGAAAGGAGAUAAAUAAAAAAAAUAUCAAAAUACCCAUAGAGAGGCUUGAAUUUACGUUCACAAAGUCAGUGUGCUGUUGUGUGAAUUGAUCCUUUCUUUGUUGUUGACUGAACACUUAAUUUACUGUUUGCUCAACAGCAUUGGUCUCAAUUGUGCAUUAGGUGCGAAUGAAAUGCGGCCAUUCAUAGAGGCAGUGGGACUGUGUACAACAGCUUAUGUACUCUGCUAUCCAAAUGCAGGUAAAGUACAUUAAUCCAUAACUACAGAUCCAUUACUACAGGAGCUUUACCAUCUGUAUGCAUAAGAGCUUGAAAAACACACGCAAUCCCUUUGUCCCUGCAAUCAGGGACAAAAGUAGUUGACACACUUGUCUAAAACGCCUGCUUUUAGCAAUAAUUAAUUUUCAUUCAUUCAAUCAUUUACUUCUGUUUAAACGCUGUAAAUCCCCCCACCCGCAAAUCAAUGUUGUUUGUAUAAAAGAAGUACUUGAGGGUCUAAGGCCUGGUUCAGACCCCAAACUUUUCAAGAGCCGAACCAUGCAUUUGGUUUGGUACAUGAGAAGGUUGGUGUCUGAAUCUAAGCCUUUCCAAAGUUGAUCUAAAAUUGAAAUUCCUGGCUGGGCUAGGUGGGAAGAAUGGCCAAGCCAUUCCAAAUCGAAACAGGCAUUGCUAAUAAAAUUAUUGGUUCAGACUCUGAACUUUUCGUGUACUUGAUUCAAUGUAUUAGGUUCGGCUUAUGAAAAUAUUGGCGACUGAACCAGGCCUAAAAUGCAAUGUUGAUUUUAGGGGGAGGGGGUAGAUUGGACAAGCAGCUCUCAAAAUCUUUGGCUUGCCCUGGGCUAGCUAACUGCAUGCUUGUCUCAGUUAAUGACUUCAACUUAGAAUACAACUUGCCUAUAGGCCCUUGAAUAUGAAAAGUUGCCUACUGGCAGGAAACUUUACUUGUCCCAGACAACUGGAUGUCCGUGACAUGCCCUGGUGCAUGCCUAGUAUGUCCUUAUAUCUAGGAACUGUUGAGAUUUUAAGACAUGACUCCUAUCUAUUGCUUAAAUUUCAGGUCUACCAAACACUUUUGGAGGCUAUGAUGAAACCCCAGAAGUAACUGCUGAGCAAUUGAAAGUAAAAUAAAAUAAUUUCUUUGUCUUAUAAAGUGUAUUUUUUCAAUACCUUAUCAGUGCCGGCAGGACAUUAAAAAAAUAAUAUUUGUUAAUAAAAUUAACACACAAUUUAGCUUUAAUUUUUUACUCUGCAAAUUGUCAGACUGCACCUUUAAAAUAAUUAUUGUGUGGUGAAAUUAUUUUUUGUCUUGCAAUAAAUGUCCUGCUUCAAGCAACAACAGUGCGGUUUUCAGCGACCAGCUACUUUGUUUUUGGUGGGGAAAGGGCCCCUCCUCUUUUACGAAAGAGGGUCUAAAGUUCUGUAUAUUAAAUUUUGCAAAAGGGUUGAAAAUUCAACAGGCUAAAAAGUGCUUGAUGAAGUCUAUGUUUUAGGAAACAACCUCGACAGUGAACCCACUAUCCCUAAACAAGCCUUGUUUGUAAAGCAAGUUUUCUUUAUUGCUGUCAGGGCACUCUUAUUGUGUUACUGUUUUUCAACAUUAGAACUCUUAUCUUGGUUGCAGAAUUUUGCGAAAGAUGGACUGGUGAACCUUGUUGGAGGUUGUUGUGGUACAACUCCUGCUCACAUUAAGUAUGUAUGCAUAUUACAUAUCCCAUUUAUCAGUAGCCAGUUCCAUGCAUGCUCUCAGUAGUUUCCUGCCUGUUAUUUUUUUUCUUGUGUGUCCAAAAACACUGAGAACCUGUUUGGCAAAUUUGUAAGACAAACAUGUUAAAUUCAUGGAUGCAAAAUAGGAGUUCUGAGUAUUAUUAUUUAAAAUCUUUGGUUGUUUGGGGAGAAUCAGUGUCAGAUUAUUUAUAAUCACUCGGAUGAAGUGAUCACAAGGUCCAUUGGUCAUGCCCACAUUGAUGGGAGCUUGGUCUUUUUAAGGAAUGUGUGCUAUGUUGUUCUGUGGCAGUCCACUUUUUAAUACUUGGUGCAAAUAAUAAAAUUGUAACCAUAUUUUUUUUCUGAAAUUCAAGAUGUUUGGUAACUUUGCCUUCUCUCUUUCAGGGCCAUUGCUGAGGCUGUAAGACCGUUUAAACCACGACCAAUGCCCGAAGACCAUUUUGCAAAUGCAAUGAAUCUUUCAGGUUUGUGGAUUUUGAGUUUCAUCAGGUUUAUGUUCUCCUUCCCACCAACACCAUCAUUAACAUCAUCAUCAACAUCAUCAUCAUCAUCAUCAUCAUCACCAUCAUCAUCAUCAUCAUCAUCACAGUGUUCUUACCAGGAUUUCAUACACUGGGGUCCACAGGACUUGUAG